AUGUCGGCUGGAAGCCGAAUUCUAUUUAACAGUCAUCUACACGAAAACGAUGUCAACUGUUCUCUGCCGAAUGCUAAAAAUGAUGGCGGUCCAUUCAAUGGACCAAAACCGGGCGGUCCAGAACCGGGCCAGUCAACUCGACGGGUAAACAAAAGAAAAUCAGUCAAAUGCAAGAAGUGUCAAGUGCCAUUUGACACAGAAGUUGAGUUGCGGACUCAUCAGGAAGAGACUCACUUUAAUUCGGAGAAAAACAUUCGAUGCCCGAACGAGAACUGUGCGUUUGUAACCGACCUAAAACACCAUUGGGAGUACCACAUGAAAAGGCACGGAGGAACAAAACCUUUCGGGUGUGAACUGUGCUCAUAUCGUUGCAUUAACAAGGCAAUGCUAAAGAGCCACAUGAAAAAACACUCGAAGAUAUUUCAAUACCACUGUAGUGACUGCCAAGUGAAAUCCAACUUUCACCAUGACUUCAAAAAGCAUCUUGAGGCGACCGGACAUCGACAAGGGCCAACCUUCGAUGAGAAUGAAAACCCUUCUCACAAAUUAAUUGAUGUUGGCUGGAAGCCGCAUUCUAUUUAA